AACUUUACAAAUGAUCUCUUUAUGAUCUUUUACUACAAUUCAGCCCAAAUAUAUUUUCCUUAUAUUUAAAAUGGUUUAGGCAAACCAUUUUCUUUGGAAAAUAUUUACAAACAAAAAGGAAGAUAAUUUAAAAUUUUUCUGGUAUAGCGUUUUUUCAAACAACUCUCAGCAUUAAAAACUCCGUCAAAAUUUUGCCUUCAUUUCAACAAUUAAAAAUGCUCAACAUGGAAUCACCACAAAUGUACGAUACCGUACAAACACUAACACAAUUGGAUCUUAAAAAGCAGCCGCCUCCUCAGCAGGCCAUUAUAGGACAAAUUACCCUAACGGCCAUGUCCUCGCAACAACAACAGCAGCAGCAGCAACAACAGCAACAAAAUAACCAACAACAACAGCAGCAACAAAAUGACAAUAACAACAACAAUACACAGCAACAGCAGGCGAAUGGUGUGGUUGGUGGCGGUGGUCCAGGUUUGGUGGUCAAACAACAUGCCAUGCAUCAAAUGCACCAGGCGGCGGCUAUGAAUAAUAACAACAACAAUAACUCAGUGUUGAAUGCAAAUGUGAAUAAUGUUAACUUGUUGCAAAAGCAAAUCAUGCAGCAAUACACCCAGUCCGAUUUGGAUGAACUGACCGCUCAAGAGAUCUCAUUAGACUUGCAACAUUUAAUCGAUGACAGUUUUCGUGAUCAGGAAUCUUUGGGUAUUUUUAGUGAUAUGGUCACCAGUCCCGGAGUACUCUCAGCCACUUUGCCGCCCAAUGGUAUGGUAACGGCUGCUGCCAAAGUUUUGCAACAACACCAGCUGCAGCAACAAUCGUUGCGCACCCAGCAACAUCAAUACGGACGCAAUCCCUUGGCCUAUAUGCCCCAGGCUGUGCACUCUAAUGCCUCGUAUAGCAACAAUUCCAGUGAUGAAAACUCUUCAGUGGGUUCGGAUACCUCCACCAUCAAAGAAGAACCCAUAGAUCCCGAGUACCGGCGUCAUUUGCAGGAAACCAAUGCCGCCAAUAAUGCAGCCGCCGCCGCUUUCAUCACCAACGGUUCAGCAAAUGGUCUCUACAAUCCCUAUCAGAAUGCCAAUGGCAACGGCAAUUCCAACAAUUCGUCAUCACAAAACUCCAACAACUUCAAUACUCUUACCUCGGCCAAUGUGUUGGCCCAUCAUUCUGCCGUUAAUUUGCCUCAUCUAGCCGCUGGUGCCCAUCUGCUCAAGCAUCACAACAAACAAAUGCAUCAGCAGCGCAAACAAUCCCUCAAACAUGUGGACAAGGGCACCGAUGAAUAUCGCCGGAGACGUGAGCGCAACAAUAUAGCUGUACGCAAGUCGCGGGAGAAGGCCAAAGUACGUUCGCGUGAGGUGGAGGAACGUGUCAAAAGUUUGCUCAAGGAAAAGGAUGCCCUUUUAAGGCAACUGCAAGAGAUGACCAAUGAGCUGCAGCUGCACAAACAGAUCUACAUGCAACUGAUCAAUCACAACAAUCCUGAAGUGAGCCGUGUUUGUCGAAGUUUUCUCAAUACCAACGAUCAUGGCUUGUAAGUUUGA